CUUCUUCCAUGAUGCGUCAACGCAAUGACGAGCUUUCUUUAAUUUUCUUUACAAAUAUAGUGCCCACGCUAGUGCCAGAAGCCGAAUCGUGGAUCGUGGGUCCAGGCGCCCUUGACUCCGUCAUGUACACCUUGUGUUCAGCAUCUGACACACGCGAUCUUCGUCCCUUCUAGUUCCGCCAACAUCACUUGUUUAAAACUCACAUCCCAGAGUUACUAGCACAAUUUGUAACGCCCGAUACGACAUUUAAAUGGGAGGCUUUCACUCCAAGAAUACUACUGCCGACCUUGCAAGUGUUGCUUUUCAAGUGGAUUCAGAUGAGUACGAACAAUGGAAGUCAUACGACUAUGUGGUAGUUGGAGGAGGAACUGCUGGUUGUGUUCUCGCUUCUCGGCUGUCUGAAGACCCAAGUACUACUGUCUGUCUCAUCGAAGCUGGCAAGACACACGAGUCCGACUUUCUGACUAGUAUCCCUCUUGCAUUCUCGAAAUUGUUCAAAACUGGCGUAGAUUGGGACUACGAGACAGUACCCCAAGAGGCUCUCGGAAGCAGACGCAUCUAUUGGCCUCGAGGGAAGAUACUUGGUGGAACUAGCGCAAUCAACUGCCUCAUAUAUCAUCGAUGUGCACCAGAAGAUUUUGAUGAGUGGCAGCGUCUCGGCGCGGAGGGGUGGUCAUACAAGGACCUCCUUCCCUACUUUCGCAAGGCAGAAACGUUCAACCCGGACCGACGUCGUCCAGACGUGAAGAUCAGUGACCACGGUGUAACCGGGCCUUGGCAAACAGGUCCGCAACACUUUCCUCCUGCUCCCAUUCACGAAGUUCUUGUUGAGACGUGCAAGGCGCUUAACAUACCAUUUAUCAGCGAUACCUCCUCUGAGUCUGGGACACUCGGCUCGACAGAGUUCGUUUCAUGUACCGACAAGAAUGGAAAGCGAAGCUCCUCAGCAACUGCCUAUCUCCCACCAUCUGUUCUCGCAAGACCUAAUCUAACGGUCGCUACACAUACCAUGGUAGAAAAGGUUUUACUCGACACCUCGGCUACUACUACACCCCGAGCUAUCGGCCUCGAGCUAUCCAGUGUCCCGGGAGGUCCCUAUUUCCGUGUUCGGGCAACGCGGGAAGUAGUGCUGUGUGCGGGAGCGGUGGGUACACCCCAGAUCUUGAUGCUGAGCGGUGUUGGACCACGCGAUAGCUUGGAGAAGCUGGACAUCCCGGUGAUAAAGGAUCAUCCUGCGGUAGGACAACAUCUCCUAGAUCAUCCGAGCUGCGGCACAGUUCUCUUUCGCACCAAGGCCUCGAACAACCUGACGUGGGAUUAUGUCGGCUCCCCGUUAGUUGGAGCAUGGGCGCUUAUUAGGUGGCUUUUCACCGGCAAAGGACCCAUGUCCGGAGUAAGCUUUCCAGGCGGCGCGUUCGUUCGCUCCGAUGAUCCGUCCUUGCGCAACACUGGUUCUCCCGUACGUGACAACACUUCAGGACCAAAUGCACCGGACAUCGAGAUUAUCUGGAUGCCCCUUCUUGUACUCGAGGGCGGAACGAAGCGACCUCCGAAGGGCGUUACCGGAGUGUCGAUGGGCGCUAUGGUAAUGAGGCCUCUCAGCGAAGGCUCAAUUUCACUCAAGACAGCUAGUAUCUGGAACAAACCGCUAAUCGAUCCGAAAUAUCUCUCCAACGAGAAUGACAUGAAUGUUCUUCUCCGAGGUGUCAGGUUAAUUCUACGAAUGGCUCGCUCGGAGCCGUUCUGCUCUAACAUUGACUGGUCCAAAUCGGAUGGCUCCAUGCCCUGGUUAUAUCCUGGAAAUGCUGAUCCUGAUGAAAUUAGCGAUGAAGUUCUGAGAGCAUGGAUUUCAGAGAACGGAAUGGGGACCUGGCACCCUGUUUCAUCCGCGCGCAUGGGCAAGGACAUAGCGAGCAGCGUCGUUGACGCAAAUCUGAAGGUUCAUGGUAUCGAUGGCCUACGCGUCGUUGAUGCGUCGGUCUUUCCGAAUCAGGUAUCAGGGCAUCCGUGUGCAGUUGUGAUUGCUGUAGCAGAAAAAGCUGCCGAUAUAAUCAAGGCUGCUUAGCGCGCCUGUCAGUCUUUUCCUAUCGACCGCCCUGUGUAUUUAGUAUGGCUCAUCAAAUGUAGCUUGAUUCUUGGUGAGGGCC